AGCUCCGAUACGUGCGCUAUGGACUACCAGUGCUUUGCGGAUUAUUUAUCUUAGUUAUGGAUUACUCAUACUGGCUGCUGUCUUGAAGCUUGCACAAAUAAUAGAUUAUAGUGAUUGACCAUGGCAAACAGGUCUGGAGGCUACCAAGGCACCCUCACACGAGAACCCACCAACGUGGGUGCCUACAGCCCGAGUGGUUAUGACUCCCUACUCAGACAAAGCAGGCAGGGACCAACACCGUAUCUCAAAGCGCGGAUUACUGAAGCAGCACAAAUCAUUGAGAUCUUGCGAAGAAGAGUCAUAUAUCUAACAGGUGGCCGUGACAAAAAUGGCGGACCCAUCUUGACGUUUCCAGCCUAUGCUGAAUGUGAGGAUGUGCCAUCUCAUGACAUUGCAGCCUGCAUCUCCUAUCUCACUACAGUGCCUUCAAAUAGGGGAUCAACUAGUAGUGAUAAGGAAGAAUCCCUGUACCACGGAGUCAGCAUCAUCAUCGACAAUCGCCAUGGUUACUGGAAGAAUCUCAAAGCGUUAUUCAAACUCAUCGCACAAACCAUCCCGGGCCAGGUUCAUCAGGUUUUGGUCCUCAAACAGGAGCAAAUCUUGGACAAACAGAAACUUAGCAUAAGUAUGGGCAGCUUUCGUAGUAAAGAAAAAACGCAAUAUGGAUUCGAACCGCAGUAUAUAUCGGCAAGUAAAAUCCAGAACUUCAUCCCUCGCCAUCAGCUGACUCCAGACUUAGGAGGAACACUGCCAUACAACCAUGAACACUGGCUCAAUAGCAGAACUGCCUGUGAAAAGUUCCUGCGGGAAUCGAGAGCAACAUGCAGCCAUCUCGACACCGUGGACUCGCAAAUCUCCAUCCACCUCAUGAACAAUGAUCAAAUCACCCCACAGGAACUCCUCGCCCGCCAUAGGACAUUACAAGAAUCCAUUAUACAUCAUCCGGAAAAAGUUAUCAGACAAGGACGAGAUCUUCUCCAAAAAUUAGACAGCGAUGCUGACUCGGGAUUUUCAAGCAGUCGGGAUGCUACUGUCACGCUAGAUACGAGAAAUAUGCAGAGUCUAAUCCGCAUUGCCAUAGAAAGGUUAGGGGCCAAGCUGGAGAAGAUCCGCGACUAUUGGGAAGAGAGGGAGCUGGAGUUGAGCAGUCACGUCCAGUUUACUGAUCUCGAACAUGGAAUUAAGACGGUGGUUGAAUGGAUCCUGGGACCUGCUGAAAAGUUACUCUCAUCUCAGGUUGAGAUAGGCGAUUCAUACAAGACUGCUGAUGAACACCGGAAGAGGCAAGAACAGCUGGAGUUGAAGUGUACAGAAACCUAUGGCACGUACGCUGAGCUCCGCCAUGAUGCCGACACUUUGAUAGCAAAGGGCCACGCAGCAGCUGACGACGUCCAGGCACAACGCGACUACAUGGACACCGUUUGCCGUAGUUAUGCCAACCGGUUGGAACGGCGGAGAAAUCUUGUUAUUUCUUCAUGUCGAUUUCAUAGAUAUGCCGAAGAGUUUUCUCAUCGUCUUGACGACCUGCUGGAGCUUCUCUGUACCGACAUCGUAGCUGAGGACGUGUCAUCCGCUGAGGAGGCGUUGCAGACUCUACAGAACAAAUGUGAUGCUAUAUGUGAUUCCGCCCAGCAAACCGUAGAAGAGGGCCAAAACCUACUCGAUCUCCUCUCCCUGCCCGUGAAGAACGCGUUCGGGAAAGACAUCACUCCCGAUUAUAAAAACGAGGUCGAUCACAUCGAGCGACUUUUGGAGGAGUUGCGAGAGCGCAAAGUACGAUGUGAUGAACUCUCGGAUGUCCGCAGGUUGAAACUUCAACAGAUAUUACAGCUGAGGACAUGUGAGAAAGACGCUGACCAGGCGAUCUACUGGAUCUUGGAGCUUUGCGACGUGAUGGUGAAAACGCACACGGAGAUGGGCCGAAGUCCCGACGAGGCGGAAAAUCUCCAGGAGGAACAUAGACAAUUUGAAAAUACUGCCAGGGGCACUUACGAAUAUGGUAAGCAGCUCCUGCAGGCAGCAUUGGUGCUAAGACGGUCACUGAGGUACGACGUGUUUCCAAAUAACGAGCGUGCACAGAAGUUGGCGGAUGCAUGGAAGAAGUUCUCACAGGGUAUCAAUGAGAGGGCAUCUCGCCUCAGUGUGGCUGCUGUCUUUCACAGGAAUGCCGAUAAGUUACUUGAUCAAAUUGAAAUCAUCCUCAUCGCGAUCAGUCAGAUGGUCAACCAAGAGAUUACCGUCGAACAACUCCAUAAGAAAUAUCGUCGACGGAGGAACCGCGUGCUCCCUGAGAGCAUCGAGACAUUCAAGAUGGGCCACGCCCUAUUGGAGAGGAUGCAACUACCAGUCAUAUUACAAGAAGGUACGGAGUUGCGACUGACGGUCAUCGACGAUGGUGCUGCUGAGGUGAUCCAAUCAAAACUUCACGCCCUCGAUAAACGAACAAAUGAACUUCGCAUGUAUUGGGGUCAAGAUGACGAGGAAGAUCAAAUAGAUGGUGCCACGGAAAACUCUGCGAGCGAUGAACAAAAUGGGCAAGGUUAUGUCUUCGAUGCCCAGGAAAACUCUGUGGACGAGAGACGACGCGAUAAUGGGCGACCUCACGUCAUUGAUGUCGAAGAGAUCGAGGAAACCAUGGUAUCGGAAACAACCGAUCCGCAGAUGAUGUCUGUGCGUCCUAACUGGCAGCGGGACGAUGAGAACAUGUCGGUGGAAGAUAUGGAAGUUGAACGAACAAUUGGAUUAAAUUCGGCGCCCUCUAAUGGAUAUUUCAAUAACUUCGAUGACGUUAUUCGGGAACUUGAGAAGAGUCAUGAUUGGAUUCGAGUCAAGAUUCAGACGAUGGAGCCUGACCUUAUGGAGGUCGGCUCCUCCCUGGAGGAGGCUCUCCAACUAAAGAAGGAACUUGAGGAACUAUGUAUCAAACUUACGCAAAAACAACAACAAAUCACAGAGCUUCUGUCCAAGGCGGAUGACCUCGUCACCCAGCAACAGACUGGCGGCGAGGUUUACCACGCUAUGGCGGAGUCACUUGGUGAAGCCUGGAAGGACCUGAACGCACAGUUGGACUUAAGACGGAUGCUGCUCGAUCAGAGUAUGGCUUUCCACCAGAGCGCCAAAGAUUUUGGAGACAGGAUGGAGAAUGCAGCAGGUUAUUUCGGAAAGAUAUCUUUGGCGCAGGAUGUGGAGAGUGCAAGACGACUGCUCCAGCAGCACAGAGAUAUCAAGAAAGGAAUUUUAGAAGCAUCAAAAAUGACACUAGAGCAAGGUCAAGCCUUGUUAAACAGAAUUCGUGAAAUGGGAAUGCAUGCGGACAUACAGAAUCGGCACGCCACAACAGCGGCGUGUUACGGCAUUGAACAUCUGCUAGAGUUACUGCACGACAGACGACGUCACCUUGAAGAACUAUGGUUGCAGCGCAAGAUCAAACUAGAGCAAUGCCUACAGUUGUGUCAGUUGGAUCAAGAAGUUCAGAAACUCUCAGACUGGUAUAAAGAUAUUGGAGAUGUGUACCUUAACCAGACGGAGCUUGGAGAUUCAGUCUCAGCGGCCCGAAAUCUACAGGAGAAUCACUUUAGAUUUGAACAUCAGGCAAAGGAUAUGCAAGACGCCGUCCUGCGCCUGGUCAGGCACGCAGACCAUCUACUGCAAGCGACCCACUAUGAUGAGGAAGGAAUUCGCCAGCGCUUGAAACUGAUUGAUGAGUGCUGCGAAAACUUCAUGAUCCGACUCGAUAACCGACGAAAAAAUCUUGUCCUGGCAGCCAAUUUCUUCAAAAUGGCCCAGGAAGCAUUUAUGAAACUGGAACAGAUCGAGAACCAGCUGACGAAUACAGAUCUCCCCCGGAACAGUGCAAUGUUAGCAGAGAAGCACGCCUUUUUGGCUAGCGCCAUCGGAGAGGUGACAACACCUGUUCUCCGUGAGGGCCGUAUCUUACUUGAGAGGGUCAGUAAGGACGACUCUGGAGCCGAUGGAGUUAAACAAACGGUUGAGUCUCUGCAAGAGCGUUGUAUCUCAUUGGAGGAGAUGUGUAGGGAACACACAGUUGUUGGGGAGAAGAGCGAUGCCUUCACCACCUUCCAGGAGAAAUACACAAGUGUACACACCUGGAUCGUACAGGUCGGGCAAGCCGUCCUCAACAACAGUCGUGAUAUGGGAAACAAUCUAUACGGUGCUAACGACUUUCUGGAAGCACAUCAGCAACUUGAGGAAGACAUCAGGGCUAAGAACCGGGAUGUGGAAGCUCUUGCCACUGCCGUUGAGGAUCUUGUAAAGGCCGAGGAUGUAGAUGCACCGGAGGCAGAGGAAAAGUUACGAACUUUACAAGAAAACUGGACACAGUUGAAAGCGGCGGUCGAGCUACGUAUCAGCCUGGCCCUGAAAUAUGUCACCUACUUGAAAGUCUCACAUCAGCUCACGCAACACAUGGACGGAGUUGAGGACACGCUGAAGACAAACAGACACUACCUGCAGGAUAUCAGCGAGAACAUCGUCAAACACGUCGACGAUAAAUGGAAAGCCACCCUGGAGAUAUUUGACGGGGAGGAAGAAACCGGCAAGGAGUUCCUCGAUGAAGCACCAAAGGCUGAAGAGGAUUUGAAACUCGAGUCGCGCAAAGCCGUCUUCAAUGUCGAGACGAUGAUCACGACGUUCCGUGAUCGCAAAGAGCACAUUACAAACCUGAUGGAGGUCUGGCAACAGUCGGUCACGUCGGGUAAAGAGUUCAAGUCAGAAUGGUCACAGUUCAUUCAGGACGCAAGAAAGACGAUUGAUUGGAUCAUGUUGGCAGAAAAGGAACUCUUCCAACCGGCCAUUGCUGGAAGGUUAGGAAACUCACGAGAAACUGCCGAGGAAAUGCAGCAGAAGGUCGCAAAGUUUGAUCCCACGGCCAAGAAGGCACAGGAGGAAAUUGAACAGCACUUGAUGACCGCUGAGGCCCUCUCCCUGAAGGGGGACACCAAGGGUCAGAAGGAGAUGAUCGUCAACGAGCUGUUGAAGGUCCACCAGCGCUUCCAGGCCCGCAUCAACGAGUAUAAGAUACUGCUGAACAUGACCAUACAGUUCUUCAAGAAUCUACACUCGCUGGACACCCUGAUCGAAGAAACCGAAAAGGAAUACCAGGCGUCUGAACUCCCAACGGAGGUCACCAAGGCCGAGCUGCUGCUUGACCACCACAUCCAGAAUCGCGACCAGAUGAACAAGAUCACGCAGUUCAUCGCCGACGAGGGCGAGCAGAUCGUUGUCAGAGUCCGCCAGCUCGACUCGGAGGAAGUUGCAAAGAAAGACGUGCAGUCCGUGUUGGAGCUUGCUGACGACGCGAGGAAGACAUGGGACAAGUCUUGGGAAGAGCAGAAGGAGAAACUCGAACAGAAUCUCCAGAUCUGUCAGUUCAACUACGACCUUAGAGCGAUCCACUACGAGGUCGACGACUUGAACCGUCAACUCCAGGCCAAGAAAGGUGACUACGGAUACAAUCUACAGAAUGCCAAGAUGAUCUCUGAGGCUUUCAAGCAGUUUGAAAUGACCAUACAGGUCAUUGAGACGAAAAUCCAGAACUUCAUAAGCACCGCGGAACUUAUGUUGAAAGAUAAACACUACGACUCUAAACACAUUCGUUCGGAGAUCGAUAAACUCCAGAAUAAAUGGAGUAGCUUCCACACAUCGGUCCACGAGUACCGCGAUCUGUUGGAAGUCUCCAUUCUAUUCUUCCAAAUUGUUGAGGAGUGUGAAGAGUGGAUCCGUGAAGGCAGCCAGUUCCUGUUCAACAUUGGCCGUCAAGCCCAGGACUGCAAGACUGCCGCGGAGGCUGCGGAGCUGGUCGACAAGGUCAAGAGUCACCUUGACCAAGGUCAACCGCCGCAGGAAGAACGAAUCAACAAACUUUCAGAGCUUGCAUCUCAGUUAUAUGGACCGCAAGCUCAGAAUCGAGUACGCCACGUCGUUGUCAAGUACCAUGACGUGAUGGACUCAUUCAAACAGGCAAACAGGCAACUUGAGAGUCUCCAAGAUGCCCUCAAGAAACGCGAAGAGGCUCCCCCUCCUCCCUCACCCGAAGUCUCAGAAUCCCCAGUGGAAGAGGUGAUCGCCGCAAAAGAAGAAUUUGCGCCAAUCGCGGCGGUCCCCAUUGGAUUCGAGCCAAUCAAAUUGCCUGAAGAACGUAAAAUAUUUCCACCAAAAGUGACGCAGCCUCUGAGGAGUGCUGACGUUAUGGAGGGGAUCAGAUUUACAUUUGAGUGCAGAUUCGACAGUGACGACAUCCCACAGCUGAUGUGGUACAAAGAUAACAUCCCGCUGAUCAGCCCGGACUACGAGACGCGUUACGACAACGGGCUCGCCACGCUGACCAUUGAGGAAACGUUCUCUGAGGACACAGCUCGCUACACCUGCCGAGCGACCAACACUGCCGGGAGCGUUGAGACAUCCGGUCACUUGACUGUCCGAGAAACACAACAGAAAAUCCUACCUCCCGAUUUUGCGAAAAAUCUCAAAUCGGCUGACGUCACAGAGGGUAACCCUUUCACAUUUGAAUGUCAUGUGACGGGUUGCCCGUCUCCGACCGUCUCUUGGUUCAAAGACGAUGUCAGCGUCGAUAAUUCCCCAGAUUUUGUAAUCACCAAAAUCAACGGAACUUGUUGCCUUAAGAUUCGUCGCGUUAAUAAGGGACAUGAUGCGCGUUAUACGUGCAAAGCGACCAAUCAGGGAGGAGAGUCUGCGUCAAGUGCGCGACUCACGGUUAUACCGGCUGAGCAACCUCAGUUCCGCGAAGGCCUAAAAGAUGUCACUAGCGUCGAAGGAAAGCCAAUCUGCAUUCAAUGUCGAUUCACUGCAAACCCGCAGCCUGAUGUCACGUGGCUGAGGGGCAGUGACCCAAUUAUACCGUCCAGUGUAUUUAAGAUAACUAUAGAAUCUGACUUUAGUAGUUUAGAGAUCACAGAAGCAUAUCCUGAGGACUCCGGCUCAUACACCGUGUUGUUACAUAACCCGGCCGGGGAGGCCUCCAGUAGCUGUACAAUCACUGUAGAGAGUACUUAUGAAACCGAGUCUGGAGCUUCAGACGCCGGCGAAGCGUCACCGCCCGUCUUCACACAACAUCUUGUUGAUCGCGAGGUGAUGGAAGGAGGCCGUGCGCGGCUUGACUGCAUCAUUGUCGGACACCCAGAACCAGAGGUCAUUUGGUUCAAGCACAACAAGCCUGUGAAGGAGUCCAAGGACUUCCAGCUGCUGUUUGAGGGCGACCGUUGCACCCUGAUCAUUCGCGAGGCGUACCUCGAAGACAGCGGCCAGUACAAAUGUGAAGCGAAUAACAUUCACGGGCAUGCCGAGAGCAUCUGUGAGCUACACGUGGAACCGUUGAGUGAGCUGAGCGACGCCGCCUCAAUCCAUAGCUUCACGUCCGAGAUGGCGCCACCGAGGUUCGUCAUGCUGAUGAAGGACAUCACAUGUCACGAGGGUGAAUGUGUCCAGUUCAGUUGCCGCGUUACCGGGCAACCCCAUCCGAACAUAUCGUGGUAUCGGGAGACCGCCCUAUUGGAGAACUCUCCUGAUUUCCAGUUGGUUUCGGAUGGUGAACUCCAGAUGAUGUCAAUCCCAGAAGCCUUUGCCGAGGAUGCCGGUACAUUCAUGGUGAAGGCCGUCAACCCCGCUGGCGAGGCCAAGUGCUACGCCAAGCUUACUGUGGCGCCAACUCCCGAGGAAGUCAUACACCAAACGCCCGUCAAGUCGAUGACGUUUACGCCUGCACCGCGGGAGGAGUUCCCGCUCGUUGACCACCGCCCACCGGAGUUCAUCAAGCUGUAUAUGGACACUACGCUACAGCCAGGAGAGGAUGUUACGCUAGAGUGUGCCAUUAUUGGCAACCCAGCACCAAAGGUGCAGUGGAUGUUCAAUGGUGAACCUAUUCGUAAUAAAGACUACCAGAUCAAGCAGGAGGGCAACAAGCACUCCUUGUACAUUCCAGAAGUUUUUGAUGAGGAUUCCGGACGGUUCUCGAUUACUGCUGAGAAUCCGUCUGGACGAGCUACGUGCUCCGCCAUGUUGACUGUCGAGGAGCCCACGCCAAGCAGGCCUGCUCCUAUCAAGGAAAGUUCCAGCUUCCUGAAGCCUUCAGCGGCCAGGAAGAGGCCAACACCAAUCGAUAUCUCCAAGGCUCAAACUACAUGGCAGCCCAAGCCAAUCGCACCAGAGGCAGCACCCAAAGUUUGGGCACCAGUGGCGCCACCAUCUCCAUUCAAAACGGUGAAGACGCCGCCAGUCCAGCAGAUGAGACCAGUCUCACCACCGAUACAGGCUGUGUCGGCACCGCCAGCGUACGCGCCUGUGGAACCAGCAUGGCCGACGUCUGCACCGAUUCAGGCCUUGAAGACGCCACCUGUAUUCAUGCAGCAGAAGAAGCCGAUGUUCGCGCAGAAGUCGCCGCCUGCUCAGCGUCGUGUUGUUACGCCUGUGAAGUCACCACCAGUGCAGAGGCGGCGUACGCCAGUGUCAUCGCCACCGACGCCCAGAAAGGUGCCAGAGUCGCCACCUGUCUAUGGCCACGAGAAGCUAACGAUUGCCCCAGAUAGGCCGGAGAUGUUCAAAUCGACUAAAGAUUUGACACCAAAGUUCAAACAAGUUGAUGUGACGAUCGCUGUUCCAGUGCCGCCCAAGUUUGUUCAGCCGCUGAAGAACAUUGCUGCGGAGGAAGGAACGCGAGUCAUCUUUGAGGGAGUCGUCACAGGAUCUCCUGAACCAACCAUCAAGUGGUACCGCGAGAGCCGCCCAAUCACUGAGAAACCUGACUUUGAGAUCUCGUUCCGUAACAAUCGGGUGUCGCUGUCAAUCCCGGAAGUCUUUGAGGAAGACGCCGGCAAGUUUACGUGCAAAGCUGACAACAUGGCUGGAUCGGCGUCCAGCACUGCUGAACUUAUUGUGAAAGCAACCAUGGUGCCACCAUCUUUCCCACAGCGCAUGCAGAGCCAGGAGGUCAAGGAAGGUCAAUCAGUCCGCCUGACCGUGAGGGUCGCUGGCUCACCUGCGCCCGAAGUCACAUGGUUCCGCGAAGGUGCCAAAAUUGUGAGCUCGCCCGACUUUGAGAUAAUUGCGGAGGGUGACUUGCACACACUGUACAUUCCAGAAGUAUUCUAUGAAGAUUCCGGAAAGUUCUCUGUCACAGCGGAGAACCAAGCCGGUAUGGCUGAAUGUACUGCAGAACUUAUUGUAGAAGUUCCAUCAGCCAGAGAAGAAACAUCGUCUCCUACCCCGCCACGGUCACGUGACUCGUCCCUCGGGGCGUCACCCGAGAGGCGGGCACGUGCCGAGAUAUACCAUGCUAUCGAGGAGCGUAGAUCGCAUGAGGAGCGCAAGUGGACGUUCAGAGUACCUAGCGCGAGUCCCGAGAGACCGCCCUCCAGGAAGGUUACACCCGUCCACAUUGCUCCCGUUUUUACUAGGCCUCUCCAAAACACGUAUGUGAAAGAAGGCCAGAAAGUGGUGUUUGAAUGUGAGGUGACGGGCCAGCCCGAACCCUUGAUCAAAUGGUACCACGACAACUCUGAGAUUAAGAAGUCUCCAGACUUCAACAUAACGUUAGACCACAACAUGUGCCGACUCGUGAUUGCCGAGGUUUUCGCGGAGGAUGCAGGCCAGUACACGUGCACAGCAAUUAACCCUGCUGGCAGCAAGUCGACUUUCUGUUACCUCAGGGUUGAACCUGAGCCAGAGAAGCCUCCAAGUCCACCGAUGAGGAGAGCUGUCGCAGAGCCUGUACUCCGACCAGUCGAGAUGCCAAAGGCCUACGCCACCAUGACCGUGGAGACACCACGUUUCAUUAACAGGCCCGAUGACUGUGUCCUCGUUGAGGGAUCCUCGGCGUCAUUUACGUGUAGAGUCGCUGGAAACCCGAUGCCAGAGGUUUGCUGGCUCAAGAACACUGCCCAAAUGAAGGAAGGAAACCGAAACCGCAUGUACUUUGACCCACGUUCGGGAGACGCAACGCUUGUGUUGACACACAUUAUCAGUGAAGACCAAGGAGAAUACUCCUGCGUUGCAUCAAAUCCUGUGGGCGAGGCUAUUGCCAGUGCCAUGCUGAUGCCUGAUGAUUUCUAUAAAAAGCAAGAAUCUGCCAAACCGAAGGAGAAACCGAUCACUCGGUCAAUCCUGUCUGAACUCGCCACGAGAUUAGAGUCGCCGAAGGAGAAGAAACAGUUCUUCCAGACACGUGCCCAUAGUAACCUUGAGAGGAAUCUUGAGAGUCGCCGUGCGGAUGAGGCGCCCCAUGAGGUACCUGUUUACAGGGACCUUGGCGGCGAUAAAGGGGAUUUCAAGGUUUCAACAUUUGAAGAGAGAUUGAUGCAGGAGAUAGAGUUCCGCGAGACUCAAAUCCGUGCCAGCGAGUCGGAGUCCGAAUCCAGAUCUGGAAUGUCUGGCAUGUCUGGACGGGAAUAUGACUCGGACUUCCCAGACGCCGGGACCAGUCCUGCUGGGCCUCCAUCCUCACCUCAUAUUUACCAGAAAUUGAAAGAUUUUAGACUAAUAGAGGGCUCUGAUGCUACAUUUGUUUGUAAAGUUAGCGGCAAUCCUCUACCUAAGGUGCAAUGGUAUAAAGAUGGUAUCUACCUACGUCCGAGCAAGCGGUUGAUGCAGACCAUGAACCGUGAGGGUUACUGCACCCUACGUAUCCGCAUGGCGCUACCCGAAGAUGCCGGCCACUACACCGUGCUCGUCUUGAACAACCUCGGCCGAGAUACGUGCUCGAGUCAACUCUACAUCGAGCGCCUUAAACCUGUUGAAGAUACCUCGUUUGUGGCGCCGGAGACAAUGUCACAGCUCCAUGCGUUGGAAGCUGCAAGAUCAGGCAAAAAACCCGAAGGAGAAGGCGGAAUCUUUGAGAAGCAUUUCAAACCACACUUCCGUAAGAUUCCUGAAGACCAGACCGCCCGAGAGGGUACGAUGUGUCGCUUUGACAGCAUCGUGUCUGGACGCCCGAUGCCUGAGUUCUCAUGGUACAGAGACGGUGUGCAGAUUCACGAUGACCACCUACACAAGGACACACUGAUAACGAACAUCGUUGUGAAUGAGGAAGGCAUCCAUUCUCUUAUCUUCAAUGCUGUCGCCAAGAAGGAUGGCGGCCAUUACAAAUGUAUCGCUGAAAAUCGCGGCGGACAAGAUUCCUUCACGGUCAACCUGAAUGUGUCAGAACGUGAGAGUGUUGCACCACCUCGUUUCAUCGAGAGACUAGAACCUGCCACAGUGCGCGAAGGGGAACCCCUGACGUUCACGUGCAAGGCCUUCGGAACGCCCACCCCCAUGAUGGGAUGGCAACGCGACGGCAAGUCAUUGAUGAACAAGCCAGGUUACCGAGUCGACACCAACGUUGGCCAGUCAAGCCUGACCAUCGAGAGCGUGAGCCGGGAGGACAACAGUUGGUUUCAGUGUUCUGCUAUCAACAUUGCUGGCACUGCCUCCACGAGAGCAAAGCUCAAUGUGAUAGUUGAAACGCGUAGGGUCGAGCCAGAGAGGAAAAUCGUUCUUCCAAAGUCCACUAAGAAAAGGCCUGUACCUGAACCACAACCGGAUUCUCAAAUGUUCGUCAAACCAGUCGAAUCUCCCUUCAGGCCUGUACCUGAGCCACAACCGUACAAGCCGGAAUUUGCCUCCUUUGUCAAACCGGUAGAAACCGCAAAACCGCCACCGGAAAUGCCAUCAUUUGUUGCCACGGCAGCUAGGGAUGUGGCUGAUGCACCACCACCAAGGACUUUGACACCACCAAGGCCCGAACCAGCAAAGCCAGCUGAGCCAACGUGGAAACAUGUCUCACUCAAACAUAUCGAGAUGCCACCAGAGCCAGAAUACGAGGAGUUCGUCCCGCCACCGAGGUCUGAGCCGCAGACGUCUGCCCCGACCACUCCACAGAUUUUGUCAUCAACAGAUCUACUGAUCAGUCCCAUGCCAACGUUUAGGCCUUUGCAAGAAGCUCCAAAAUUCAGGAGCACGCAACCGGAACAGGCGCAAGCAGUCGGACCUGUCCCCCAAAUGCCCACCUUCGUUGCGUACGUACCUGCAACGCUCGGACCUCAGCCUCUGGAACAUAUCGAUGACUACAAGGUCCCGCAACAGCAGGUCGAGCCGCUACACAUUGGGGCGCCACCUUUCAAGCCGGCAGAGGUCACUCCGAGGCCGCUCGGGCGCACCGAGGAACAAGUGCAACUCCAACCGAUGCCAAUGUCGCCAGAGCCUGUCACGCCGUGGCAGUCGACCUUGAAGCAAGUUGGCCAUGUCCCACCACCAGAGCCACAACCGGCCCAGCCAAUACACAUCACUGCACCGGUUUUCAAGGCCCAACCUCAACCGAUACCGCAGCAAGCUCCAGUCCAGCAAACAGUGGAACUUCCCAGGCGAAUCAGGAAGGUACCGCCAACAGAGGUGUCCGAGUUGGAGCUCCGCAUGAGGAGAAGACCACGCGAUGAAGAGCCGAAGGAAUCUCUACAAGAGUUCGUUCUCCGCCAUGACGAGGACGUACCGGAUGCCAAGGACAUGUUUGACAAGAUCAACCAAAAACCUCCCAAAUUCAAGCGACGUAUUAAUGACUUGACGAUGCAGGAGUCCGAGCCGGCUCAUUUGGAGACGCGGCUGACCCCAAUCGGGGAUCCCAACAUGAGAGUCGAGUGGUACAAAGACGGCCAGUUGCUCCGCAGUGGACAUCGUUUCCGUAUCACAUACGACUUUGCAUACGUCGCCUUGGAUCUUUUAUGGACCUACCCGGAAGACAAUGGCGAGUACUAUUGCAAGGCCAUCAAUUUGGUCGGAGAAGAUUUCACAAAUAAAAUUACCAUCGACUGCAAAGCAAAGAAGUCUAUUAUCACAGAGACACAGUUACCAGAGUCUGUUCAUAAGAUUAGUGAGAUGGAGCUGCGUUGGGCCCAGGUUGAGCCACAGCCAGAGGUCAAGGAGCCGACACGACCCGAAGAGGCACCGACAAUUGAAAUGAAACCAGAACCGAUUGAAGUCGAUGAGGGUGAGGCCGUCAAGUUUAUUGUGAAGGUUGGAGGUCAUCCUCGUCCCCGGGUGACUUGGUGGCAUAAUGGCAGCAUCAUUGCUUCAGGAAACAGAUUCCAUGUGUCCUAUGAUGGCAUGAUCCACUACCUCGAGGUGCCCAAACCUCGCGACUACGACACCGGAAACAUCCGUGUCAUCGCCAAGAACCCACUUGGCGAGGCAUAUGCGAGUACCAACCUCACCGUCCGUCCUAAGGAGGAUUGGCGAGCAAGGUUGAAGAAAGUCCCGAAGAAGGAGUUCCUGCCAGAGUUGCACCUGAUUCAGAAGAUGGAACUACGUACACCAGAGCUACAGGAGGCCUUAAGUCGACAGAAAACUUCCAUGGUUGAGUUAAUGAAAGUCGAAAGGGGUAUCCGACUUGAGCCUGAAGAAGUCAAGAAAGCCGAACAGACAAUUCACCUGACGCACUCGACACUCAUGCACACUGAGCCUACGUUUGAGAUGCGUGCCCACAGCCCGACAGUGGAAACAACAACAGAAGUCCACGUCGAACGUGCCAAGGCCCAGCUUCAGAUGGAGGCAGUUGAAUUGGCCGAGGCAGAGACCAAGAGAGUACAGAAGCUCAUCCAACUGGAGCAUAAAGAACCCCCAAUGUUCGCUACUCGAAUCCAGCCCCGCCAUGUCAAGGAGGGCGAGUCUGUGAACUUUGAGGUCAGGUUCUCUGCACACCCGGCGCCAAGCGUGGCCUGGUUCCGCGAAGGAUUCGAGAUUAAGCCGUCUAGAGACUUCCAGAUUACGACGACCGAGGAUAGCAGUGUGCUGCACAUUCCUGAGGCAUUCCCAGAGGAUGCUGGCCAGUACAUGAUUGUGUUGCAGAACCCACAUGGCAAGGCCCACAGCAAGGCUAGGCUGACCGUAAUUGAAGACAUCCCUGAGAAGGAGACACCGCCAGAGUUCCGUGCCCUACUGCGUGACACCAGGGUGAUGGCUGGUGAACCAGCAACAUUCGACUGCCAGAUAGUUAGCAAGCCACAGCCAGAGGUUUACUGGCAGAAGAAUGGCAAGCCCCUGUCUGAAAACCCACGCUGGAAGUUCAUCUCAGAGCCAGAGGAUGAACACUACACACUACUGAUCUAUGAAGCUGUACCCGAAGAUGCAGGGUGCUACGAGUGUUGUGCAGUCACUCCAGUCGGCAAGACCUGUUGUACUGCUAAGCUGAUUGUUGAUGCUGCACCCAAGGUUGCUGAACCUCCAAAGAAACCAGAGGUGAAGGAAGUCAAGGAGCUCCCAGUGGAGACCCCUAUGCUUCUUGAACCCCUGAAGAACCUUGUUGUAGAUGAGGGCACACCUGCAGUAUUCGAAAGCAAGACUACAGGAAAGCCAACGCCAGUGGUAACCUGGUACCUAGGCAACCAGGUGAUCAAGCCGUCCAAGUACUUCAAGAUGACGUCGUCGGCUGGCAUCCACCGUUUGACCAUCACUGAGGCAUUCCCAGAGGACGAGGGAACCUACAAGUUUACCGCCGUCAACAAGGCUGGAGAAGUUACAAGCACUGCCACACUCAAAGUUAACACAAUUGAAAGUGACAUGGAACCGUCGGGAGAACCACCACGAUUCCUGAAAGCUGUUGCCGGCCUGGACCUGAAGGAGGGCCGUCCCGCCCAGUUUGAGGUUGUUGUUACGGGGAAACCUGAACCAACGAUCCAAUGGCUGAGGGAGGGAGAACCACUCAAACCGUCCCCAGACUUCCAGAUGGGUAAGGAAGGCAACAAACACAUCCUAUACAUCCAGGAGGCAUUCCCGGAAGAUUCCGGUAUCUUUACAUGCCGUGCCAUCAACGAGACAGGAAAGGCCGAGUGCGCUGCUGAGCUCUUCGUCGAAGAGGCGCGCAUCUCACCCGAUCGCGUCCAGUUCGAGGAGAGACAUAUCUCAAUGUCUGAGCUGAUGCAGGCGCAGGAACGAGAACAGGAGAUGAGACAGGCGCCCAUGUUUAUCAAGGCCAUGACCCCAGAGAAGUUACUCAAGGCUGGUCAAGUUGCCAAGCUUGAGUGUGUCAUCAGUGCAAUGCCUUUGCCCGCGUACACUUGGUACGUGAACGGGAUGGCGGUCGUUCCAUCACAGAAGUACCGCAUGCUGGAGGAGGGAAACACACUUAUCCUGCUCAUCAGCCCAGUCACACCUGACGACACUGGAGAGUACAUCCUGAUGUUGGCCAACCCUCAUGGAGAGGCCUCUUGCAGGACCAGCAUGACUGUUCAAGUUGAACCACCACAGAAGAGACGCUCAGUUGAUGUAACAACGACAUCCAAGGGACAGGAGCCUGCCAAACCACAGCCAACUAAACCAGUGUUUGUCAAGAUGUUGCCCAAGAAGAUCAAGGCGAGGGAACAUGGCAUUGCAAAACUGGAAGUUGCAGUCAACGCUUACCCACCUCCAUUCAUAGAGUGGUUCGUGAAUGGUAUCCUAAUUAAGCCAUCUCCUCAUUACGAGAUGUUACACGAGGCAGGAAAAGAGGUCCUCCUCAUCAUUGACGUCGGCCCCGAGGAUACCGGAGAGUACACGUGUAAGGUGACGUCAGAUUUAGGCAAGUGUGUGAGCACCGCAACCCUCUACGUCACAGAUAAAGACAAACCAAAGUCCAAAUCGUCGUCACCAACGUUGGAGGAAUCGCCGAUCGUUACUGAGAAGAUGAUUCCGCCCAAGUUCACCGUGGAACUCAUUGAUCAGAAUCCCACAGAUGGGGACGAGAUUACAAUGACAUGUACCGUCACUGGUACCCCGAUGCCGACGAUCUCGUGGUUCCAUGACGAAAGGAACAUAACAGACUCUGAAGAUUUUACCAUUACGUUUGAUAUUGACUCUGGUGUUUGCAAGCUUGUUAUUGUCGAGUGCUUCCCCGAGGACAGGGGAACGUACAGCUGUAUUGCCGUCAACCCUGUUGGUGAAGCCAUGACAAGUUGCACCAUUGAAAUCAAGGAAACAACACUGGAACCUUCGUCUGCAGAUGAAGAAAUUACGGUCGAGAUCGUUCAAAAAGAACAUACUAUCCCGAAACCGCAACGAGAGAAAGUAGCAGUUGAAGUCGCAUUUGAGUCGGUGAAGUUGUUACUCGAACCGACGGUGGAGACUCCAAAGAAGGUAGAAAAGGAAGUCCCUGUUCUGGAUGAAGAAGCGAUUGUUCCAUCCAAACAGCCAGUUGAAGAGUCUGGACUUGUCAUUGACUUGUCGAAGCUUGAGGAAGAACCAAAGGAUGAGCAGGAACCACAACCUGAGCAUAGCGUCACAUUGUCGCUUGAACAGACGCAGCCGAAGACCACUGAUGUUGAUCAGCAAGAGGUCACAUUCAUCCUGCAGCCGGUUGGUGAAUCGAAAACUAUUGAACAGGCUGAAGUUGUUUUCGGUGAACCACAGACAACUACAGAAACUGUUGUCCAUAGGAUUACUAAACAAGACACAACAGACUUGGACGUUACUGUCCAUAAGAAGACGAUCAUUAUUGAAUCGACAGAUAUCCCGCCAACAUUCAUUGUACCACUGCAGCCACGUCUCGCGCAUGACGGCGAGGAGGUCAAGAUGACAUGUCAGGUGACUGGUACGCCGACACCAACCAUUCAGUGGCUGAAGGACGAUGAGGAACUUGAUUCGACCGAUGACAUGAAGUUGAUCCGUGUGCCGGAGACUGGCGAAUGUACUCUUCUCAUCCCUGAUGCGUUCCCUGAGGAUUCUGGUGUGUUCACAAUCAUCGCUACAAACCCUGCGGGAUCGGCCAAGUGUACUGCUAACCUCAUUGUACAACCACCACCACCAGAGGGAACCACUGUGACAACUACCGUCAUUACAAAGAAGGAGUCGAAGGUAGUUCGCGAUGACAGGGUUGUGAGUGAAUCAACAACAGUCGAGAAAUCACCGACAUUUGAGAAAUCUCUCGUGCCAGUGAUUGAGGUCAAUGAAGGGGACACCGUCACCUUGGAAUGCCAAGUUGAUGCCAAUCCCAAACCAGACGUCUCCUGGUAUGUUAACGGCCUGGAAAUCUACCCGUCUUCUCAUAUCGAGAUCUCAAUGGAUGAUGAUGUAUGCACGUUGCGGGUCAAUGAGACACGUCUCGAAGAUGCCGGGGAAUACUUGUGCAAGGUUGAGAAUAAACUCGGCGAAGCGACCUGUAGGACAGUGCUUAACGUCAAGCCGUUGGAGAAGCGAACGCUCGUGAUUGAACCCAGAAAAGAGACUACACAGGAGACGCAAUUCAAGGAGGUAACAAUGGAGAUUCAAGUUGAUCAAUUGAAACAGCAGAUUGCCCCUGAGCCAGAGCAGCAGGUCACGUUUGAGAUCCCGGUGACGGAAGAGAAAAAAGUGCCGGACAUGCCGCCAGAAAUUAUCCGACAUCUUGAGCCGAUCAACGCACAUGAUGGUGAUGAGGUUACGUUCAUCGUCCAAGCGAUCGGAUCCCCGAAACCAACGUUUGAGUGGUACCAUGAAGGUCACCGGAUCCAUCCCAGUAUGGAUUUCCAGAUUACCGUGGAGAUUGAGCAGGGCUUCAGUACGAUGGUGAUUGUGGAGGUCUUCCCGGAGGAUAGUGGUGAAUACACUUGCCGAGCUGUCAACCCCGUUGGCGAAGCUUUCACGACGUGUACGCUGAACGUCAUAAGCUCUGAGGUUGAAGAGCCCCAGCCCCAGGUGACUUCCACAAAGGAGCUCUUCACCGAGAGCAUCACCAUCGGACAGGAGCAACAACUCCCGAGAGAAGUCGAAAUGGAUCUGACCUUCAAGAAACCAAAACCGGAGCGACAAACUUCAACUGUUUCAAUGAAGACGCAACCAGGAUUAGAAUCUGUAAAAAUGGAGGUUGAAAUCAAAGAACCCGAGAAGCAUGUCUCGGAACAGACGCUAAUGCAGACAGUGCAGUUGGUCCCUGAGGAGCAACAUCGACAGGAGGUGUCCUUCGAGCUGCUGCCUGAGGAGAAGCCAGAGGAGCCAAUGGUUGCACCUGAGUUUACCAAGCCGCUGGAGAACAUCAAGGUCAUGGACGGUGAAGAAGUCAACUUCCGUACGACCGUCACCGGCUACCCGAUGCCCGAGAUUGUCUGGUACCACAACGGUCGUGUCAUCAAACCGAGUCCCGACUUUGAGAUCACAUAUACGAUGGAGACUGGCGAUAUCAACAUGUACGUUGCUGAGGUUUUCCCGGAGGAUAAGGGUGACUACGUGUGCGAAGCGACCAACCCUGUUGGGCGUGCUGUUACUAGUUGUUAUCUGGAAGUCAGAGCUUUUGACUACGCCCAUGACAGCCAAGAAGAAGCCUCUGGAACCUCACUCUCUACCGCCAAGGAAGACGAUGAUGAAGAAACAACAUCUACGACCAGGCUUUUCUUCCAAAAGCCAGAAGAGGAAGAUGAGAUUGAGAAGAUUAAGAGCCAGAUCCAGAUGGAGAUGGUGCCAGAAACUCCACUCAUGAUUGUUGCUGAGACUCAAUCUGAAGUCAAGACGCAGCAGAUUACAGAGAUGGUAAUCGAUGGCAAGACCGAGCAGGUCGAGAAGAAAGAGAUUGUCCUCGAGUUUGAACUACCGAAAGAAGCCGGUGUUGAGACUCGGGUCAAGCCUCAGACGACUGAGCACACAGUCCAGUUCACUCAGGAGAUGUCGGUCGAGAUGACCCCUGAGCAACUUCAGCAGAAGGAGAUCACACUGACGAUGCAGAAGCCGAUGACCAAAGAUGUGGAAACUCGUGUCUUGACACAGGAUUUGGAGGCUCCCAAACAGUACACUGAAGAGAUGACUAUCCAGACCACUACUGAGACAGUGCCACACAAGGAGGUAUCCUUUGUUGUGGAGCUGCCUGAAAAAACUGAUAUUCAGUCGCGAGUCUUGACUCAGGAGGAGCGUAGAGAGGAGCAGGUGACUGAAGACUUCACUGAUGGACCCAGGCCCUCUGCUGCUGCACCGACUGAGAUAAGUGUCGAGUUGGGCAAACCCACAGCCAAAGGCAAACCAGCACAGCGUGUUGAGACGACAGUUGAGACCAAGGAAGUUGAAGAGGCCAUCUCUGUAGAAGGUGUGAAGGGAGAAGAGAUGAGCCACAAGAAGAUAUCUGUUGAACUCAAAAAAUCUGCUGUCAAAGGCAAACAAGCCACCUUAGUUCAGACCCAGUUGGAAGUAAAAGAGGGUGAGGAAGUGGCCCAAGUCCAGUUGGUGCCAACUGAAGAAACCAAACCUGAACAAGUCAAGGUUGAACUUGGCAAGCCUACUGCCAAAGGAAAGCCUGCUCAACGUGUCAAGGCAACCACCGAAACCAAAGAUAUAGAAGAAGUGAUUUCGGUUGAGGGAGUCACUAGUGAAGAAAUGAAACACCAGGAGAUCGCAGUGGAACUUCUGAAAUCUGGUAUUGAAGGAAAACCUUCAAUGUUAGUACAGACUCAGUUAGAAGUGAAGGAAGGUGAAGAAGUGAUCGAUGUCCAGGAGGUUACCUCUGAAGAAACAAAACCAGAAGAAAUCACUUUUGUGUUGGGUAAACCCACAGCAAAGGGUAAACCAGCUCAACAGGUUCAAUCUCAAAUGGAAGUCAAAGAGGGCUAUGAAGUCACCAUGGUUGAGGCUGUGCCUCUUGAGGAGACAAAACAUGAAGAGAUUAAUGUUGAGUUGGGUAAGCCUACUUCAAAGGGUAAGCCUGCUCAACGCGUUGAGACUUCAGUGGAGACCAAGCCUGAAGAAGAAGCAAUCUCUGUUGAAGGUGUUACAGGAGAGGAGAUGCAUCACAAGGAAAUCUCUGUUGAGCUUCAGAAGUCUGCCACCAAGGGCAAACCAGAGAUGCUCGUCCAGUUCCAGCUUGAUGUCAAGGAAGGGGAGGAGGUUUUCCAGGUUCAUGAGCUGACCUCUGAGGAAUCCAAGCAUGAGGAAAUCAGUGUCAAACUUGGUCAACCUACUGCUAAGGGAAAACCAGCCCUACUUGUCCAAACCCAGUUGGAGGUCAAAGAAGGCGAAGAGGUAGCCUCUGUUGAUGCUGUUCCUUCUGAAGAAACAAAACAUGAGGAAAUUAGUGUUGAGUUGGGUAAGCCUACGUCUAAGGGCAAGCCUACUCAACGUGUCCAGAUAGCUGUUGAGACAAAGGAAGUGGAAGAAAUUAGCCAAGUCGAAGCUAUUUCAACUGAACAGACCCAACAUGAACAAAUCACCCUUGAGUUAGGUAAGCCCCAAGCUAAGGGGAAACCUGCUCAGCGAGUCAAGCAUGUACAAGAGGUAAUGGAAACUGAGGAAGUUGUGACUGUGGAACAUGUCAAGGGUGAAGAGAUGAAACCAGGCAAAGUCAAGGUUGAUUUGACUAAGUCUAAACAAGACCAGAAACCAGUUACCAGAGUAGAAACACAGAUGGAGACAAUGCGAGAGGAAGAGGUUGGCAGUUCUGAAAGUCCUGUGACUGAAGAAACACAGUCUGAAGAAGUCAAGCUGCAGCUGGCAAAGUCCACCCUGAAGGGAAAACCUAUGACCAGAGCUGAGGUCCAGCAAGAGAUCCGCAGUGUAGAAGAGGUCAUACCUGUUGAAGGAGUCAAAGGUGACGAGAUGAGCCAUGAUGAAGUAAAACUUGAACUUCGAAGAUCUUCCAUUGCUGGCAAGAUGCCAACGCGUGUCCAUACUGUUGAAGAGGUCAGGGAGACUGAAGAGAUCACUGACGUCCAGAAGAUGCCUACGGAGGAAUCGCAACCAACAGAAGUAACUUUUCAGUUGGAGAUUUCUCAGAAAAAGCAAACGUCUGUCCGCAUUGAACCUCAGACUGAAGUCAAAGAAGGUGAGGAGGUCAGUGGUGUUCAAGAAAUUCAGACUACAGAAAUGAGCCCUGAAGAAAUCACUGUUGAUUUGGGUAAAGUUGCAGUUGGAGGAAAACCUCAGGCUCGUGCUGAAACCCAGAUGGAGGUAAAGGAAUUAGAAGAGGUCAUUCCUGUGGAAGGUGUCACAACUGAUGAAACCAAACACGAGGACAGGAAGCUUGAACUCUCCAAGUCUGAAACCCAAAAGAAGCCCGAGACUCGUGUUCAGUUUUCCACUGAGGUCAAGGAAGGUGAAGAAAUCAUGACUGUUGAAAGUAUUUCGACUGAGGAAACUAAACCAGAGGAAAUCACUCUUGAGUUACAGAAACAACAUGAUGUCAAAGGCAAACCUGAGUUGCGUGCUCAGUUUGUACUUGAGGGUCAAGAGAGUGAAGAGAUUCAGCCUAAAUUUGAGAUCGUGACAGAACAAACGAAACCUGAGGAGGUAAAAGUUCAGUUGGGUAAACCCCUAGCUAAGGGAAAACCUGCUCAGCGCAUCAAGCAUGUUGAGGAGGUCAUGGGAACUGAGGAAGUCAUGACUGUGGAACAGGUGACAGGCGAAGAGAUGAAACCAGGAGAGGUCAAAGUUGAUUUGACCAAGUCUAGACAAGACCAGAAACCUGUUACCAGAGUUGAAACGCAGUCAGAAACAAUGCCAGAGGAAGAACUUGGCAGCUCUGAAAGUCCUGUUACAGAAGAAACACAAUCUGAAGAAGUCAAGCUGCAGCUGGCAAAGUCCACCCUGAAGGGAAAACCCAUGACUAGAGCUGAGGUCCAGCAAGAGAUACGCAGUGUGGAAGAGGUCAUCCCUGUUGAGGGUGUGAAAGGUGACGAAAUGAGCCACGACGAAGUAAAACUUGAGCUCUGUAGAUCUUCAAUUGCUGGCAAGAUGCCAAGCCGUAUCCAUACUAUUGAAGAAGUCAGAGAGACAGAAGAGAUAACAGAUGUUCAAAAGAUGCCAACCGAGGAAAUGCAACCAACGGAAGUCACACUCCUGUUGGAGGUUUCUAAGAAGAGCAAGGUGACCGCCCGUAUAGAGCCGCAGACUGCAGUCGAGGCAAGUGAGGAGGUCAGCGGUGUCCAAGAUAUUCAGACUACAGAAAUGAGCCCUGAAGAAAUCACAGUUGAUUUGGGUAAAGUUGCAGUUGGAGGGAAACCUCAGGCUCGUGCUGAAACCCAGAUGGAGGUAAAGGAAUUAGAAGAGGUCAUUCCAGUUGAGGGAGUUACCACGGAUGAAACCAAACAUGAGGACAGGAAGGUUGAACUCUCCAAGUCGGCAACCCAGAAGAAGCCUGAGACUCGAGUUCAGUUUUCCACUGAGGUCAAGGCAGGUGAAGAAAUCAUGACUGUUGAAAGCAUUUCUACUGAGGAAACUAAACCAGUUGAAAUCACCUUAGAGUUACAGAAACAACAUGAUGUCAAAGGCAAACCUGAGUUACGUGCACAGUUUGUACUUGAGGGUCAAGAGAGUGAAGAGAUUCAGCCUAAAUUUGAGAUCGUGACAGAACAAACAAAACCUGAGGAGAUAAAAGUUCAGUUGGGUAAACCCCUAGCAAAGGGAAAACCUGCUCAGCGCAUCAAGCAUGUUGAGGAGGUCAUGGGAACUGAGGAAGUUAUGACUGUUGAACAAGUGACAGGUGAGGAGAUCAAACCAGGAGAGGUCAAAUUUGAUGUGAGCAAGUCUAAACAAGACCAGAAACCUGUCACCAGAGUUGAAACGCAGUCAGAAACAAUGCCAGAGGAAGAAGUUGGCAGCUCUGAAAGUCCUGUGACAGAAGAAACACAAUCUGAAGAAGUCAAGCUGCAGCUGGCAAAGUCCACCCUGAAGGGAAAACCCAUGACCAGAGCUGAGGUCCAGCAAGAGAUCCGCAGUGUAGAAGAGGUCAUCCCUGUUGAGGGUGUGAAAGGUGACGAAAUGAGCCACGACGAAGUAAAACUUGAGCUCCGCAGAUCUUCUAUUGCUGGCAAGAUGCCAAGCCGUAUCCAUACUGUUGAAGAAGUCAGAGAGACGGAAGAGAUAACAGAUGUGCAAAAGAUGCCAACCGAGGAAAUGCAACCAACGGAAGUAACACUCCUGUUGGAGGUUUCUAAGAAGAGCAAGGUGACCGCCCGUAUAGAGCCACAGACUGCAGUCGAGGCAAGUGAGGAGGUCAGCGGUGUCCAAGAUAUUCAGACUACAGAAAUGAGCCCUGAAGAAAUCACAGUUGAUUUGGGUAAAGUCGCAGUUGGAGGGAAACCUCAGGCUCGUGCUGAAACCCAGAUGGAGGUAAAGGAAUUAGAAGAGGUCAUUCCAGUUGAGGGAGUUACCACGGAUGAAACCAAACAUGAGGACAGGAAGGUUGAACUCUCCAAGUCGGCAACCCAGAAGAAGCCUGAGACUCGAGUUCAGUUUUCCACUGAGGUCAAGGAAGGUGAAGAAAUCAUGACUGUUGAAAGCAUUUCGACUGAGGAAACUAAACCAGAGGAAAUCACUCUGGAGUUACAGAAACAACAUGAUGUCAAAGGCAAACCUGAGUUGCGUGCUCAGUUUGUACUUGAGGGUCAAGAGAGUGAAGAGAUUCAGCCUAAAUUUGAGAUCGUGACAGAACAAACAAAACCUGAGGAGAUAAAAGUUCAGUUGGGUAAACCCCUAGCUAAGGGAAAACCUGCUCAGCGCAUCAAGCAUGUUGAGGAGGUCAUGGGAACUGAGGAAGUUAUGACUGUGGAACAAGUGACAGGUGAGGAGAUCAAACCAGGAGAGGUCAAAUUUGAUGUGAGCAAGUCUAAACAAGAUCAGAAACCUGUCACCAGAGUUGAAACGCAGUCAGAAACAAUGCCAGAGGAAGAAGUUGGCAGCUCUGAAAGUCCUGUGACAGAAGAAACACAAUCUGAAGAAGUCAAGCUGCAGCUGGCAAAGUCAACCCUGAAGGGAAAACCCAUGACCAGAGCCGAAGUUCAGCAAGAAACCCGCAGUGUAGAAGAGGUUAUCCCCGUUGAAGGUGUCAAAGGUGAUGAAAUGAGCCACGAUGAAGUGAAACUUGAGCUCCGACGAUCUUCCAUUGCCGGGAAGACUGUUACUCGUGUCCAUACCAUUGAAGAGGUCAGGGAGACUGAAGAGAUCAGUGAUGUCCAAAAGAUGCCAACUGAGGAAACGCAGCCAACGGAAGUUACACUCCUGUUGGAGGUUUCUAAGAAGAGCAAGGUGACUGCCCGUAUAGAGCCACAGACUGCAGUCGAGGCAAGUGAGGAGGUCAGCGGUGUCCAAGAUAUCCAGUCUACAGAAAUGAGCCCUGAAGAAAUCACAGUUGAUUUGGGUAAAGUCGCAGUUGGAGGGAAACCUCAGGCUCGUGCUGAAACCCAGAUGGAGGUGAAAGAAUUAGAAGAGGUCAUUCCAGUUGAGGGAGUUACCACCGAUGAAACCAAACAUGAGGACAGAAAGGUUGAGCUUUCGAAGUCAGAGAUCCAAAAGAAGCCUGAGACUCGUGUUCAAUUUUCCACAGAGGUCAAGGCAGGUGAAGAAAUCAUGACUGUUGAAGGGAUUUCGACUGAGGAAACUAAACCAGAGGAAAUCACUCUGGAGUUACAGAAACAACAUGAUGUCAAAGGCAAACCUGAGUUACGUGUUCAGUUUGUACUGGAGGGUCAAGAGACAGAAGAGAUUCAGCCUAAACCAGAGAUGGCAACUGAGGAAACAAAGCAUGAGGAGGUCACAGUUGAACUUGGUGCACAUGGUGUACAGAGUAAACCAACCACCCUAGUCCAAGCUGUUUUGGAAGUUGCUGAGGUACAGGAAAUUUCUCAAGUUGCUGAACUUGAACAUGAUGCAACAAAACAUGAGGAGAUUACAGUUGAGUUGGGUGCUCCUGAUGUCAAGGGUAGGCCCCAGUUGAUGGUUGGUCCUGUCGAGGAGGCUAUAGAAGGCCAACAGACUGCUGGAGUUGAGGCACUCAAACCUGAUGAAACAAAACAUGAGGAAAUAACUGUUCAGCUAGGUGCCCCAGGUGUUAAGGGCAAACCACAAACGAUGGUUGGUGCCACCACCGAAGGUGUUGAAAGUCAACAAACAAUUGGUGUUGAGGCUCUUAAGCCUGAUGCAACAAAACACGAAGAGGUAACGGUUGAAUUCAGUGCCUCCGGAGUGAAAGCCAAACCAACACAGAUGGUUGAAGCUGUUCUUGAAGUUGCUGAAGGAGAAGCAACUUUCCAGGUUGAGCAACUUAAACCUGACAAGACCACACAAGAAGAAAUCAGCGUGGAAUUCAGUGCCUCUGCUGUCAAACCCAAACCAACGACUAGGGUAAAGGUUGAGCAGACCACACUUGGGCCAGAAGAAACCAAACCGACAGAGCCAGGAGUUGAGGAAGAUAUUAUCCAACCUGCUGAAAUCGUCAGUCAGUUCACACGAGCCAGGAUUCAGGGUGCCAAAGAGGUGAUGGUCACUCUCCAAGACUCCAAAGUCUCGCCUGAAGAUGUCAUAGACACAUUUGCUGUUCAGUUGCAGGAGGCUGCUGCUGCACCAGUUGAUGUCAAACUCACCACAGCUGAAGUUAAGCCCAAGAAGCCCGCCACAGCCAAACCGCAAACAAAGGAAGCUAAAGAAGAAUUGUGCGAAGAGUUCGUUGUACCAAAGGAUGAAACGGAACCUGUUUUCUCUGAGAUGGCCACAGAUCUGUUGGAAGUUUCAGUUAAACCUAAGGUUGAGACUAGACAGAUGGAUGAGGUGUCUGUUGAUCUUACCCUGAAGCCUACUGAGACUGUCGAGGCGGAUUUCCAGAUUACCCCACAACAAGCUCAGAGUGUUGAAGCAGAGUUCCAGAUUGCUCCACAGCAGUCCCAGACUGUUGAGAGUGGUGUGACAAUCGUCCUACAGGCCCCCCAGUUUACGAGCGAACUCCAGGACAUCACUGUCACUGAUGGAUCAGAAGUCACCUUCGAGGUCGCGACGUCCGGUGAGCCAAAGCCAACAGUCAGCUGGUACCAGAAUGGUGUCGAGAUCCAGCCGUCCAAGACGUUUGAGCUGACGCACACGCAGCACACAAGCCAGCUCAUCGUCCAUGAUGUCAUGGUUGAGGAUGAGGGCACGUACAGUGUCAAACUGACCAACGAGGCGGGAUCGUGCGAGACAGCUUGUUUCAUGAAGGUUGUGGAACGACCAAUCCAAACGACGACCAUUGAACUGACUCAGAAAGAUGAGCGGGAGUCUUUCAAACAAGUGGAGGUUGAUAUCGAGGUUGAGUCGACCAAGAAGAAGAAGAAGCCUGAAGAAGUGCCCAAACCAGAGGACCUUCCUGGCACAGGACCUGUAGCUCCCCUCUUUAUCAGCCAACUUACACAACAGACAGUCUAUGAGACUCAACCUGUCACGUUUGAAUGCAGGGUGACUGGUCGACCGAAGCCGGAGAUUACAUGGUACAAGGACAAUAAGAAGGUGAAGAGCACCAAGGAUGUCGUCCUGAAAUACGAGAAAGGUAUCUGCCAAUUAUUCAUUCCACAUGCCAGCCGCCCCGACGAGGCUGAAUACAAAUGUGAGGCCAAGAACAAGGCAGGAAAAGUCUCGACGUGGGCACAACUAUUCGUAGAAAUUGAAACGGAUGAAGCACCCUGGGAUGUUACAGAUUCGGCAAGAAUACCGGAGGAAUUUAGGGCGGAGGUAGCAGUCCUCUCCCCUGAGGAAGAAUCAUUGAACCCAGAAGAAGAUGUACCAGUUGAAACACCCACUGCUCCUGAGGAACAGAGACCUAGCAUAGAUGAGGAAUUCAUCGCUCCAGAUUCACACAAAAUCAUUGAGUCUCCACUAGAUUUCUCUAGCCUUGAUGAAGGUGAUGAGCUUGACCAUGCAGAGGAGAUACCUAAACCUGAAGGUUACAUUGAGGAGAAGCCACAACCAAAGGAAUACUCACUGCCAGAUCUAAGCAAGUUCUUGGAAACCCCUGACGUACCUAGGGAAGACAUUCCUGAUGAGGCGUCUGAGGAAUUGGUUUUGCCGACUGUUCACACAAUUGUUGAAGCAACAAUCAUCUUUCCAGAAGAAGACAGGGUCACUGAAGAUGUUGUGGAAGAAUUCGUCAAACCUUCUGAACACAAAACUGUCAAAUCUCCAGUAGAUUUCUCUGCUUUAGAAGACCAGGAGACCGAAUUUGCUGAAGAGAUUCCUAAGCCUGACAAUUACGUUGAGGUGGUUGUUAAACCCAAUGAAUAUGAAAUCCCUGACUUGAGUGAGUUUGCACUGACUCCUGAUGUACAGAAACCGGACAUUGUUGAUGAAGUCCAUGAAGACAUUUUGGAGCAGACAGAGCACAAAAUAAUCGAAGCGGAAAUAACAUUCCCAGAAGAUGACGAAGUUCCUGAAGCAAGAGAGGAAUUAGUUGAACUAUCUGAACAUAAGAUUGUUGAGGCUCCAAUUGAUUUUUCUGCUCUUGAAGAGGAAGAAGCCGAGCUCGCCACUGAGGAAGAAGAAAUUCCCAAACCUGAUGGAUACGUGGAAGAAGCUCCCCAACCAAAGGAGUAUGAAAUCCCAGACUUGAGCGAGUUUGCUAUAACUCCUGAUGUGCCAAUUAAAGACACAAUUGAUGAGGUCAAUGAAGACUUACUUGAGCCAACUUCUCAUACAAUCAUUGAGGCUCCGAUUGUAUUCCCUGAAGUUGACGAAGCACUUGUAGAUGACAAAGCACCUUCUGAACAUAAGCUUGUAGAAUCUCCCUUAGAUUUGUCUACAUUGGAUGAAGAAGGAAAGGAUGAAUUUGAAGAGGAGAUUCCAAAGCCAGAAGGUUACUUGGAAGAAACACCUAAACCAAAGGAAUAUGAAAUACCUGCAAAUAUCGGGGAGUUCGUUGUUACGCCUGACGUACCUGUUACAGACACUGCUGAUAUAGCUGGGGAAGAUUUAUUAGCCCCAACGACACAUGUUGUCAUUGAGGCCCCAAUUAUUUUCCCUGAAGACAAACCACUGCCCGAAAUUGACCAGUCAGCUCUCGCCCCCACGGAACAGAGGGCCAUUGAAUCCCCUUUUGAUUACUCUGACUCAGAUUCAGAGGGUGAAGCGCCAAAGUUUACUAUCCCACUGCAAGACCAAGAAGUAGAAGAAGGUGAUAUGACGUACUUUGACUGCAGAGUCGUGGGUCGACCACUUCCGGAAGUCUCUUGGUUUGUUGACAACCAAGAGGUUAAGGACGAUGCUGUCUACUCAGUGCAGACAGACCAGGAUGGUAAUUGUACACUCGAAAUCAAGGACACUGUCAUUGAGGAUGAGGGGCAUUAUGUGUGCCAGGCGGUCAACCCGUAUGGCAGUGCUACCACCAGGGCGGAAUUGUUCGUGAGAGUUGUGACUGAGUCGGAAGGAGAGCAAUCACCAAGACCAGAGACUCUAGAGACUACGUUGGAUACCCCCAAGGUCCCAGAGGUAUUCCAUGUAGAGGUCGCCAUCCCCAGUGCCCCAGAGGUAGAGGAAGACCUACUAGAACCUACAAAGCAUAAAAUUGAGGAGACACCGAUCACGUGGCCAAAAGAGGAGGGUGAAGCGCCAAAGUUUGUCAUAGAGCUCGAGGAGUUGGAGGUCGAUGAAGGCAAACCUGUAGUCUUUGAAUGCAAGGUCACUGGCAACCCGACGCCUGAGGUCACGUGGUAUGUCGAUGAUGAAGAGUUGAAGGAUACAUCAGUCUACAUCACCAAGAUGGACAUCGAUGGACUCUGCACGUUGGAGAUUCGAGACGUAUUCCAAGAUGAUGAGGGAGAGUACAUGUGCAAGGCCAUCAACCCGCUCGGUACUGCCACAACCGUGGCUGAACUGUUCAUCAGAGAAAAACCCGAGCAAAAGAAAGCAGUUACGAAGGAGCCAGUGCCUGCUCAAAAAUCUGAGGACGUUGAGGCAGCAUUUGCCGCUCUUCUCGAAGACAUGCCAGAGGCAGCACCAACAAAACACAAAGAAGCCACAGUUGAAGCGGAGUUUGAGAUCAAGCCGGACAUUCAGCCAGUCGUUGAGACUGGUCUGCAACUCGAUCUCGGCAUAGUAGAGGAAGAAGCACCGAAGCCGGAAAAAUCCGCUCCAGAGCCAGAGGAUGUCGCGGCUUCCCUGACUUUGGAAAAGAAGAAACCAAAGCCUGAGGAACCAAAGAAAACAACCAAAUCCAUCAAACCGAAGGUUCUCAAGGAAUUGCCCACGACUAUGGAGGUCCCGGAUGCCUCCGAGGCCACCCUAUCCUGCGUCAUUGAAGGGAAGCCCAAGCCGGAGAUAUCCUGGUACCAUGAACAAGAGGUCAUUGAGAAAUCAGCCGACUUUGUUCAGACGUAUGACGAUAGGAAUCAGGCGAGUCUGACGAUUAAGGAAGUCUUCCCAGACGAUGCUGGCGUUUACGUCAUGGAGGCGGCAAAUGAAGCCGGGAAGGUGACCUCAGCUACAGAACUGAUUAUAACUGAAGAGCAACCAACCACAGGUGACUUUAGAGGUCAACUCAAGACUGAAGUGACUACUAAGGUUGGCGUGCAAUACGACGUCGUCCAGAUGGACUUCAGACACAUGCUGAAGCCACCUGAUGUGAAAUCGAAGAAAUUUGAGGAAGACUUGAAACCUGAAAAGAAAAAGCCAGAGGAAACGUCCCACGAGGAAGUUGAUGCUGACUUCACCCUCCCCGCGCCAACCAAACCCAAGUCGGAGGAGGUCGAUGUGUCCAUCACGUUACCCGUGCCGCCAAAGUUCGUCAAGGGAAUCAAGACACAGGAACUUCCAGAGGGAGCCACUGCUGAGUUCACCGUCGAGGUGGACGGCAGCCCAAUUCCUGAUGUUAACUGGUACCUGAACGGCAAAAUCAUCAAAGAAAGUCCCCACUACAAAAUCACCGUCAGUGAUGACCGUCGAACUGUCUCACUCCUCAUCGUUGACAUCACCAUCGACGAUGAUGCGGAAUACACCGUCAAAGCCAAAAACCCAUCUGGCGAGGUCUCCAUGACUGCGGAACUGAUUGUUCUACCCGCUGGCGAGUCACCGGAGUUCAAAAAGAAGUUGACAGAUGUGGAUGCGACGAUUGGUUCCACGAUAACGCUGGAAUGUCUGGUGACUGGAUCGCCACGGCCGCAGAUAACGUGGCUCAAGGACGGGAAGGAGAUCAAGCAGGAUAAGAGAAUGAGGUUCGACUACUUAGAAGAUGGUACUAUCCGUCUGACCAUCACCAACUCGACCGCAGACGAUGAGGGCGACUACACCGUGAAGGCCGUCAAUGAAAUCGGCAUCGCGAAGACCUCCUGUGAGGUCCUCAUUAAUGAACCACCAACAUUUACGAAAAAGCUCAAAGACAUUGAAACAAAACAGAACACUACCGUACACUUCGAGUGUGAAGUUACCGGUGUACCGGACCCAACUGUGUCAUGGUACAAGUCGGAAAUCAAACUCGAACCUAGUGAGAAGUACGUGAUAACACAAAAGGAAGACACUUGUGUGUUGGACAUUCCCAAUACUGUUUGUGAGGAUGCCGAAACGUAUAUUUGCAAAGCGACCAAUUCGGUUGGGGAAGCCACGACGUCUGCCACGCUCCGUGUUCAAGAUGAGAUUGAAGGAGGUGAACCCGCAAAGGUCGUUGACGGCCCCAAGAAAGUGUACGCCGAGAAAGGCACAGAGAUUACAAUCACAUGCACCAUCAAGGGUACACCGACGCCCUCUAUCAACUGGGUGAAGAAGCGCAAACCGUUCCUGAAGCCGAGUAAGAAGUUUGUGAUGGAGUCCACAACGACGACUGCGACCAUCACUGUCAAGGAUUUGAAGAAGGAUGACUUCACCAACUUUAUCCUGGUUGUGGAAAACCCACUUGGCAAGGACUCCUUUACCGUGGAAGUCAUCGAAGGACUAGAACCAGAGAAGGUCGCAGUCCAGGAAGAGAAGGUCGUGCUCAAAGUGCCCCCUACCGGUAAAGCUCCUGAGUUCGUUCUAAAGAUAAAGACGAAGCAUGUCGUAGAGGGUGAGACCGCUGACUUCACAUGUGAGGUCGUCGGCGAGCCAAAACCCGAGGUCAUUUGGGAAUACAACGAAAAAGAAUUGGAUGGUGGACGGUUUAUGUUAUUUGAAGAAAAUAACGUCCACCAGUUAGAAAUUUAUGAUAUUGCACCAAAGGAUGCUGGGAAAUUUAACGGGGAGGCGGAAUCGCAUGAUGAUCUUGUUGCGGGACAAAAAGGCGAACCGCCAAAGUUCAUCCUAGACAUACAGACAACCGAGACGAAACCUGGCGAUCAGGCCAAAUUCUUCGGUAAACUGACCGGUAAACCGCGACCGGAUGUCCUGUGGUACAAAGAUGGCAAAGAGAUACUGAAGUCUGAGAACCGGUUCAUGAUUGAGUAUGGUUCUGAGGGCGAUGUGUCCUUGAUCGUGCUCGAGGUCGUACCGGGUGACAAGGGGAAAUAUGAUUGCGAGGGUACAAAUGAGGCAGGAAAAGCUGUCAGUUCAGGCGAUUUGAAAGUCAAAAAACCAAAGAAGGAGGUUGACACCCCACCCAAGAUUGUUAAGAAACCCGAUGAAGUUGUGGGUGAAGAGGGUGAGAGGUCUACCAUCAUGUGUAACAUCACUGGUAAACCAAGGCCCGAAGUCAAAUGGACCAAAGGCCUAAAAGAGCUAAAGGAAGGUAAACUCUACCACAUGGAGGACUACGAUGAUGCCUAUUGCUUCGAAGUCAAGAAGACUACCAAAAAUGAUGAGGGGAAAUACACAGUUACUGCCGUCAAUAAAGUCGGCAAGGACACUGCGACGAUUCCCAUCACUGUCAAGCAAGUGGAGAAACCUCCACCAAAGUCUCCUCAGAUCCUCCGCCACAAGGAACAGACCAAGCCACCCAAGUUUGUGGAGACGCCUGAAGACAUGACCAUCGAAGAGGAAGACAAUUUCACCCUGAAGGCUAAGGUGACAGGUGUACCAAGACCUGAUGUCUCCUGGCUGAGGGGUGAAGAAGUGAUCAAACCGACCAAGCAGAUCAAGAUGACCUAUGAAGAGGAGAACUGCGUCCUGCGAGUGCUCAAGGCCCCCAUGGGCUUCGCUGGAGAGUACACCUGUAAUGCGUCCAACCCUGUGGGUGAGGACACGUGCAAAGCUAAUGUCACUAUCAAUGAAUACACCGAGGCCCCAGAAUUCACACGGGAGUUGACCGACACCGAGGUGAGGCAGACUAGACCAGCCAAGAUGGAAUGCCAUGUCACAGGUGUACCCACACCCGAGUGCACUUGGUUCGUGGAUGAUAAGCCCCUAGAAGUAGACGAACGUGUGAAACUGACUAGCAAAUACGACAAGAGAGAUGACACGACUGUGUUGACGCUCGUUGUGGAGAAUGUCAGUCCUGAUGACAAUGCCACCUAUAAGUGUGUGGCAAAGAAUUCGGCCGGAGAAGCUGUCACGGAAGCUCAGAUCAUUGUUGAAAUGAAGAAAGAAUCGCCGAAGUUCAUCAAGAAACCGGAGAAUCUUGAGAUAUACGAGCAUGAGGACGCCGUAUUCGAAUCUGAAAUCAGCGCUGUCCCGAAACCGACCGUCACUUGGAACAUCGGUGACAAGCAAAUCAAACCUGAUGAGAGACACCUAAUUACCAGUGAGAAACAAGUGUAUAGGUUCACAAUCAAGGACGCCAAGGUCAAUGAGACCAACAGCUAUACUGUCAGGGCGAAAAACGAUGCGGGUGAACAGUUUGCCCAGGGCAGACUCAAAGUUUUGCCAUCAAAGCCACCCAAGUUCACUCAGCCCAUCAAGGACAUUAUCUCCCCUGAACACAGACAAGCUAAGUUUGUGUGUAAGGUGAUUGGCACCCCUGCUCCAAAACUCACUUGGUUCCUGAAUAGUGUCCAAUUAGAGGAGACAGAUAAAAUCAAAUUUGUUUAUGACAAGAAAUCCAACACUCAUUCGUUAGUCAUCGAUGACACCCUUCCGGAACUGACAGGACCUGUCAAGUGCGUUGCCAAGAACUGUGCUGGCGAGGCGACUUGCGAGGCCAAGUUGACCGUCUGCGGACGUGCCCCGACUUUCAUCGAAAAGCCCAUCAAAUGUACUGUCAUGAAAAACCAGACCGCCAUUUUCAAGACCAAGAUUGAUGGCGACCCAACGCCAAAACUGAUCUGGUCCAAAGGAAAGUUCACCACUUUCAAAGAUGGCGGCCGCAAUAAGGUUUACUAUGACGAUACAAUUGACAUGUACGUGAUCGAGAUAAGUAAGAUCGUCGAAAAAGACGCGGGAACGUACACUUGUAAGAUUAGUAACGAACAUGGCGCGGAUGAUUGCUCCUGUACGCUAAUCGUUACGGAUGAUGAGAGCCUCGUCACAGACUGGCAGGAUCAGCUCAAGAAAAUUGAGAUUGAGGAGAAACCUCAAGUUGCUGAUGAGGUGGACUUCGGCACUCUCAAACAUGUCGAGAUGGAAGAAGACAUCAUUGCGCCUGAAAGAUCAGCGCCCGUCUUGUCAUCGUUUGAGGUGUCUGACACCCAGAAACCUGAAUUUGAACGCCAUGAGGCAGAAGACCUCGACUUUGAUUUCAAACCCAUGGACUUUAGCACCCGGGAGCGUUCUCCCCUCCGUCUUGAUGAUCGCGAACGCGAAGUCAAGCCGGAGGAGGAGAUCGUGCCCGAGGUCGAGAAAGAGUCCUACCAGCGCCCCCCGCAGGACGCACCUGAGAAAAAGGAGGAAGAUUUUGGCCUUGAGAUCCCACAGGUCAAGUGGGAGUUCAUUAAGAAACUUGAAGACCAAACCGUCCCAGAAAAAACCUCUGCCGUUUUCGACUGCGAGGUAACAAUCAAGGACUUCGACGUCGAUUGGUACGUCAACAAUGCCAAGGUCGAGCCCGGCCCGAAGUACCAGGUGGACAUGGAUGGCAAGAAGCACACUCUGAUGGUCAACAUGUGCCGACCAGAAGAUGAAUGUGAGGUGAAGUGUGCCUUUGGUGAUGCAAAGACUACUGCCAAGCUGUUUGUCAUUCCUAAAGUCUUCGAAUUCACCUCGCCUCUUAAAGACAUCACAGUCAAAGAAGACGAGACCGCCAUCUUUGAAUGUGAGGUCAACGAUGAGGAAGCUGAGGUCACCUGGACUGUCAAUGGAAAACCGAUCAAACCGGAUGGAGAGAAAUACGAAGUUAUCGUUGAUGGUUUGGUGCGCCGGUUGGUGAUCCACGAUGCUAAGGAGUCUGACGUUGGAAAGGUCCAAGCGACGCUACCCACUGCUGCAACUGAUGCUAAGCUCAAUGUGGAAGCAGCCUGCGCAGACUCCUCAAGCUCCUCCUCAUCUUCCUCGAGUGAUGCAGAAUGCUUCUAUGAGGAACCCAUCACACAAGUCACAGUCUGCAAACCUGAGGCAGAACCUGAUUUCCAGAGCCCUCUCCUUGAACCCAGAGGUUUCAGACAGCUGAGCAGCUCCGAUGAUGAUUCAAAACUCGACUCGUUCUAUUCUGUUGAGUCUGGUCACGACACUGAGCCAGAGGUUGAAGAAAUUGUCAUUAGAGCUGGGCCAGAAAGGAAAGAACUUCCUAAGAUGGACGCUUUCGAAGUCUUUUUGAACUUUCAAAAGAUAUCUAGUAGUAGUUCAUCCAACAUGAGCGAUUCAGAUGCGAUAGAAGAAGAAAGAAUUGCACCAACGCAAAAAGAAGUUGAUAUUUCUGGCAUUUUAGUUUGGCCUUCUGAUGAUGAUGUAGACAGGGUGACUUUGAGAAGAAAAUCAUCAUCUUCAUCAUCUUCCUCAUCCUCAGAUUCCCAAGAUGAGUCAAAAGAGAAGGAAAAGCUACACGAUUCUGACAUUGAGAAGCCACUUUGGGUCAAGGUCAUAGCCAAGAAAAGCUCUAGUAGCUCAAGUUCAAGUUCAGACUCUGAUGAAAAGUCUAAGCUCAGUGGAAAAUUACCUGAGAUUUCAGUUCCUGAGGUCAUGGUCAAAGAUGAGGUCACAGUCAGACGAACUAGCUCAAGUUCUAGUUCAGAUGAAAAUGUAAAAGAUAGUAUACAUGGGGGUACAGUUGAUAUCAAAGCUAAAGGUAUGUCUUUUGAUAGUGCAUCUGAAUCAGAGAGUGAGGAAAGUGAGGUAAAUUCUAUCUUAGAAAAUGAAAAUGUUAUUGAAUCUAAAGUAGAAUCGGUACUGGAAGAGGAUGAGUUGGAAAUAUCUGGCGAGGAGGGGGUGGUAUCUUCAGAUACUCCAGGUGAAAUCCAGCCAGACUCAAAAUAUGCCCGCAAAGAUGACCUGUUUUCACCAUUGGAACAUGGCGUUCUUGAAUUUCCUUUGUCUGCCUAUGAGAAAGAGGAGCAGCCUGUCUUCUCUGAAGUAUCGGAAAAUGAGGAACAGUUCCUGGAUCUUUGCAGCUCUACCUCAAGUAACUCAUGUUCAGAGUCAGACUACAUGAAAGUGGAUUUACCACUUAUGCGCAGCUCACCAGUACAACGAUCGAGCCUCGAUCAACUCAGAUUGACACCGAGUUGCGAUACAAGUUUUGGUGAGGAACCAGAGUUGAGAGACUUGUCAUAUGAGGAUAUGGACCUACCGGUAUCCUAUCCGCAGGCAGAGAGCAUUCCUGAAGAAUCGUCCACAGAGAAAGAACCUUCGUUGGCUUCAUCCAUGCUCGUUGGACUGAAAGGAACACCUCCAAGGACGCCUACAUUGUCAGUCAUCAGGCAUCCAUACAGCCCAUCAAGCGAACCAGAAAAGUUAGGUGCACAUUCCCUUGAUCCAGCACUCGCCUACCUACAGAUUGAGUCAUCCAAAACUCCAGACCUUAUACAAAAACAACCAGAAUCAGAGCAAACCAGUUCGGCAGAUGAUAAACUUGUCCAAGAACAGGUUCGAGAGGAUUCUCCAUUUAGAGCAAUCAGUCCACAUACACCAACUAGUACUAGCAUAGAUAUCCCAAGGAGUCCCAAGGCUGUUCGCCCAACUCUGAAAUCCAAGCCAUUUGUAAUACAAGAUGUGAAGUUGGAUUUGUCCUCACCAGACUCUCCUGACAGUAAGGGACCAGGGGGUGAGAUGGAAUGGGAUCUCCCAACUCAGGAAGACAUACAGCCUGAGGGGGUUGGAUUGGUAGACUCUGGGGUGGAACCUGGGAGUCUUCAUCCACUGUUUGUGUUGUCUAAGGAGGACAUUGAACCAUUCUGCAAGCUACCAUAUCCAAUGGUCAUUUCUCAGCAACCCACAGAGAGAAGUGAAGGCUUUCUCCAGUUUGAAAGGCCCGAUCUUCCUGAAGUUGAUGUAGAGCAAGAUGAGGCUUUUGAUCCAAGAGGAAUGCUAAGAACUGAACAGACUUAUGAGGUUGACAACACGACUGAUUAUGCACCAGUUGAAUUCCUCGUCCACAUGCCUGAUGGAAAAAUGGGUUUGAAGUCUUCAGACUACGAAAUGACAAUGUUCCGUCCAAAAGGGGAAUUCGAAAAUGAUGUCAGUGAAUCUAGCUCAAGUGAUGAGUUCACUGAUGAUGAUGAUGACAGAGAUAGGAACGUCAGUCUGAUAUCCAAGUCUUAUGUAGAUGUGGCUGCAACUGUUGGAGAGAUGGGAGAGCUGGAAUUCAGAAUACCCGUGGAGAGUGGGGAAGGUGUGAUUGCAAUGCUGGCUGAUCAGCCAGGGGUGGGGUUAGGAGAACCAAGAUCCAGACACGACCCUUAUCAGGCUGCAACUGAAGAUCCAAUGCUGUAUAGGUCUGAGACAAUGCUUGAUUAUGAUCCAUUUUAUGGGCCUGAGUCAUUGGAAUUCAUGAUUGGGCUUUCUGAAGGGACAAUUGACCUGCGCCCUCAUCGAGGAGUCCUGUUGGAUGACAUACGAGAGGAGAGCGACGAAAACAGUGUGCACUCCAAGGCUGACAAUAGGGAGGAUAGCAAUGCUGAUCAUUCAGGUGCACUCAACUAUUCCUUCAGCUCAGAUUCCGAGGAUGUGACAGAGUUCAGGGAUGAACUGGAUGUUAGAAUUGAAGAUGACACUUUCAGUAGUGAUAUGGAGUAUGCUUCAGAUGAAGCUGCUGUGAAUGAGCCAUCAAAUGACAUUGUGUUGACAUCACCAGAAGGCAGUUCAUCUCCCAUCACCAUCGCUGAACUAGUCCAACAUGACCAAAUCUUGCCUACGUUUCCCCCUCAAGAGUCACCCCGCAUGUCAGAACACUCUACCUCACCCUCAUCUUUGCAUUUAGAAGAAGAAUGCCCAUCCUCUGCUCAAGUGAAGGAGCACCUUUCCUUGUCCACUGAGGAUCAUCUUCCCUCGUCCGCCUCCGACGAGGAAGCCUCAUCGGAUCACUCCUUAUCAGUGCAUGUUGAUCUUCCUUCUGUCUCUUCACAACUUGCCGCUGAAAAACCUGAUUCAAAAGAGAGAGCUACUGAGCCAAUCCUAGCUGAAGAGGUCAUUCAACCAGAGCAGUCAGCCCCAGUUAAACAGGAACCUGUUGCCGACUUCCUCUCACCCCUGAAAGACCAGCGGUGCAUGGAGGGAGAAACUGCCACAUUCAGGUGCGAGACUACCCACGCGGGUAAGAAGGUCACAUGGCUCAAAGACGGCAUUGAGAUUAAACCCGACGAGCGCUUUGUCAUCAAGGACACGGGCACUGAACACACACUGACGGUCAAGGACACUGUCUUGUACGACGACGCCACCUAUACAGCGGUUCUGGGAUCAAAACAAACUUCUGCAAAAUUAGUUGUAGAAGAGGAGCCAGUAGUUAUCACCGUCCCGCUUACCGACCAACACUGCAUAGAAAAAGACAAUGUCACUUUCGAGUUCGAAGUUUCAAAACCCAAUGUUCCCGUCACUUGGUACAAGGAUGGUAAAGAGAUAGUACCAGAUGCACGCCACCAGGUGGUAGUGGAUGGGAAGGUACAUCGCUUGGUGCUGCGCGGUGCGGAGAUUGACGAUGAAGGGGAUUAUACUGCAAAGGUCAAGGAUGUCGAGACGAGUGCCAAGUUAUUUGUGGAUGGUGAGUUCUGGGAGGAAUCACCGAUAUGAAUCUG